UACAGGAGAUGACCAGAGACUGCGGACACAGUACAGGAGAUGACCAGAGACUGCGGACACAGUACAGGGGAUGACCAGAAACUGCGGAAACAGUACAGCGGAUGACCAGAGACUGCGGACACAGUACAGGAGAUGACCAGAGACUGCGGACACAGUAUAGGAGAUGGCCAGAGACUGCGGACAUAGUACAGGAGAUGGCCAGAGACUGCGGACACAGUACAGGAGAUGGCCAGAGACUGCGGACACAGUACAGGAGAUGACCAGAGACUGCAGACAGGGAAUGACCAGAGACUGCGGACACACUGCAGG